UUGUCAUUUUCUGAUGUAAGUUUAAGAAUAGACAAAAAUUUUGAGAAAAAGAAUGUAGAAGUUUCAGGCUUCCGACGAAGAAGAUGUUUCGUUUGGACAGGACAUUCGAAGAGAUCAACAACUUUUUACGGAACGGGCCAAUCAAGUUAGUUUAUUUUGAGGUUUGGGGGGGGAGGAACAAAACUAACAGGUGAGAUUUGAGCUUCAUUGAAAAAUAUUGGGUAAAGUUUUUUUUUAAAUUAAAAUUCAUAAUUACUAAUGAUAUUAAACGAAAGUUGUUUGAAAAUUACUAUGUUUAAAUGAUUAGAUGAAGCUCUGAAUUACACUAGAAGCUAUAGUAUCAGCUUCCAGAUUUCAUUGCGAAACAAACUAUGAAAUAUUUCAUAGGUACAUUAAUUUUUUCAUAGUUUUAUCCACGCGAUUUCCAGUUUUUUUUAAAAUUAAUUUUUUUCAUUUAUAAUCUAUGUCUCAUUAAACUUCACAAUUUGUAUUCCCAGGCGUAAUUUUUUAAAAAAAAUCUUUUUUUCUCACGUCAGCUUAGCUGCGAAAAAUUGGGUUUUUUUCAAAAUUUAGAAUUUUUGGGGAUUUUGUUUUACCUAGGGGCACCGCCUCUAGUCACAACAAAAAAGGACAUAGUUUCAGUUUCACGCGUUCAGUUAAUUCAAUAAGAAACCUUUUUGGCAUUCUUUUUUUGCGAAGGGGCGAAACUGAAAAGUGGCAAAUGUAAGCCCCGAAAAAAAGAGUAUUUUAUUUUCAUUCAUUGGGUGACGACCAGUACAAUGCAAUUAAGACUUACAUUGGUCUUGUCUGGUUUAAAACAUUGCCUUUGAGUGGUGUUGACGAGUAAAACAAAAAGUUUUUCUUUUUUUCACAAAGCUUUAGUCGACGACUGAUUAUUCUGUUCUGGAACAAAACAUUAUUCUUUUCUACAUUUUCAAUUUCUCAUAAUUAGUGUUCAAACUGGAGUAUUUACCGAGAUUUACACUUGAGCGCAAUUUGAUUGCUGCUCGACGACGCGAAGCUAUGGUUUUUCAAGAUUUACCUAUUCAAGCAUCACUGUCUAGUCAUACGUUAUUGCAUUCAGAUUUGAAGAAACGUGAGUGGGAAAGUAUUUAUAUUACUGUAACUCCAUGAAUUUUGAAUAAGUGAAUACUGUGGGCUUCGGGUUGUUUUAUCCAGUUACACUUGAAUCUCAAUGAAAUUUCGAAAAAUCGCUUUCUUAAAAAAUGUAUAGAUUGAACUUUGAACGUCCCUUCUAAUAUAUAUAAAUUAAUAGAUGUUUACACUUUCCAAAAGUUUUUUUCCUCUUCUCAUUUUUCAACGAACAAAGAAUGAAAAAAACAUUUCAAAGCUUAUAGUCAUUAUUUUUUAUGAUUAUUUUGUCCAGGUGAGCCAAAUGAACGAGCGACCAGAAAUCUAUGCAGUGUAAAAACUAACUAACUAAACUAAACUCUUGCAUUUUAUAGCUCAUCAAUUUCCCCUAUUGGAUUUAGGCGCUCACACAAAAAAUGCAUUUUCCAAGCAUCAAAAAAAGUAUGUUGUCCAUCCACUGAAAAUCUUUCUAUCACGCAAACAUUGUUUGAGUAGAAAAAAGACAACUCUUCAUAUUUUUCUUUUCUGUGUUCAUGUCUGAAAAAAAAAACGAAACACACACAAAAAACUCAUGUUUUUUUGAAGCCUGUUGUUUUUUAUUAUUAUUGGUGUUGAAACAAACCUGCCUAUUGUCUUAUUUUUUCAUCCUCUUGUCUUCUUUUCUGUUGGCUGAAAAUUUUCCGACUACUAUGCUUUUCUAUAUUUGGACAAAAUACUCGAAAUUAAGAAGUUGGUUUUUUCUUCUAUAGAAUUUUAUUAGCUAACAAGGAAGUCCUCAAUGUUUCUAAUUUAUUUUUGAAGUCAGGCUAGAUUCACUGUUUUUCAACGUUUGAAAAAAAAGAAUCGAAAUUCAAUAUGGUACACCACUGAAACAGAACACAUUUUGAAAACUAAAAAUUGAGAAUGAGAAAUAACAAAAAUUCAUAAAUUAAAUGGUGUUUUUCUGUACUAUUACGGUAAUUGGGUUAUCAAUUAGGUAAUUGAGUAUUUAAGAAGGGCAUUUUCUGUAAGUGUAUUCAGUUUUUGAAAAUGCACACCUAUUUUGUUAUGCGUAGACCAGGUAAGAUUUCAAAAUGAACACUGAUUGAAUGUUCAAGUAGUUCAUGAAAUUGGAAAGGGUUAUGACGUGACGGAAAUUAAACAUGAAAAUUUAUUGGUUCAGAGAUUAAUUUGAUUUUUUAAAUUGUCAUCUGAUGUGAGGGCGUUUAUCUGAAAUAUUCUUGCUUUCAAAAACGUUUUCUCAACCAAAUCAUUUCGAAAAGGGUAUUCUUUCCGAAUUUUAUAUAACAUAUCAAUUGUCUGUUUUGUUUCGAAAAAAAUUGCAAAAAAAUCUAAUUUAUUCAGAAAAUAAAUUGAAAUUCAGUUUCAAUCUGGUUUUUUUUUUUGAUAUACAUACAAUUCAAGGUGUCAAUCUUUUUUUCCAAAUUUGGAUAUGUAGAAACCAAAGAUUUUUUUUCAAUCAAGUGUGAAUUUUGUUGUUUUUUUAUUUGGAAAGAGCAACAAGAUCAACAACACACGUAGAAAAGACGAAAUCCUGUGAAUAGUGUGAGGUGGCUCGAUUUACAUUAUAUCGUGUGAAAAUUUCAAUAUAUCUAUUUCUUCACUUUCUCCUCCCUUUCCACGCAAAAAACGGAACCAAAUGUGUUUCAAAAUAUUUCCAAACUACUAAAUUCAAAUCACUCGCCAUUUCCUGAAAUUCGACUAAAAAAAGAAAAAAAUGAGAAACCGACGAAGCGUGAACACCUCGGCUACCGUCAUUCGACGCAAUAAACAAUUUGGUAACACAUUUUUCAUUUUUUUUUUCGGAGAAAGAACGGAAAUCACCUUUUGAUUUUAUUUCACACUUGGAUUGUUGCAACUGAGCAAUGAUCGUGUAUUAUGAGAAGGGUUUUUUAUGGGCUAUGUGAAGUAUAUCUUGGAUAAUUCCAAGAUUUUUUUAUUUGAGUGAUUUUAUAAAACUUUUGUUUAGGAAAUAAUGUUUUUCAUUAUUCAUAUCUUUCAAAUCUUACUAGAUCAAUUCUGUAGUUUUUGUUCUUUUUAAAUUUAAUUUUGAAUCAAUUUUUUUUGGAAAUUACUGUACAACAAUUUAAAAAAUUUAUAUCGGAAAAAAUCAUAUCAAUAUGAAAAAUAAAACUUUCAAGUUUUAUAAAAAUUAAGAAAUUUGUUGGCUGAUUUAUCAUAAAUUGCAAAAUAAUUGUUUUCCCCAAAAAACCCUUACCCAAUAAUAUUCGAAAAAAAUUGGAAUAUUUUCUGCUGUAACAUAAUAACUUCUACACUUCAGUUGGUACCAAAAAGUUCAAUAAUGCAUCAUCUUCUUUCUUUACAUUUUUCAAAAACCUUCUAAUUCCUUCAACAUUUUUCAAAGAUCCAAAGUAUAAAAGUCAAAAAAACACCCACUUUCUUUCCUCCUGUUCCCUUUUUUGUUUGAAACAAUUAGUAACUUAAUCCAUUUUCAUUCUGAAAUAAAAUUUUGCAAAAUUUAUUCCUAUAUCAUCAUGAAAAAUCUUAUGAAGAAAAAAGCGAGUUUAGGUAAGUUAAGAUAUUUUUGUAUAGUGGCUGACUGGAUUAUUCAUUUAUUUAUCAAAAAACAAUUAUAUUUAUCUUCAUUUUUUGGAUUUGUAUGCAGAAGGAAAAGUUGAGAUGAGAAUAAAAUUUAAUUAUUUUAAUGGUUCAAACUUUUUUCCGGUUUUCUUGGACUUUUUUCUUGGGGGAAGUCAUGCUAAAAAAUCUGAUUUUCUGCAUUAAUAGGUUUUCGGAACAUUUAUUUUUCUUUGAACUUCCGAAAAAAGUUAGAUUUAUUUGGAUUUUGGAGAUUUAUUUGUGGUGCUUAACUUUAUUUCUUACUUUUACAUUUUUGUUUUGAAUUAGAGGCUCAACGGUUUGAAAAAUUCGAAUAUUUUUUAGUUUACAUGUUGCAAAAAUGAGAACAUGUAGACCAAUAUUUCAUUUCGAGAUUAUUUUUGUUGCCUCUCCCAUUUUUUCAACUUUCCAGUUUCAAGUCAGAGUAAAAGUUAGAGCAAAAAGUAUAUUUCUCUACUUCGCCACAUUUCUCAAAAUAAUUGUCUAGUUUCCAUUUUUCUUGUUAAAAAAUGUUUCUACCGCUGGAAAAUGAAGAAGGUAUUACUUAUUUUAUUUUGAAGGACUUCAAUAUGAAAAAAGUGUGACAAACAAUUCAAUUUCCUAUUUUACACAUUUUUCCGUUUUUUUUUAUUUUGUACGAAGAAACGUGUGUGUUUUCAUACAACGGAAAUGUUGCACUUUUUUGAGAGAUGUGUGUUUUUUGGUGGAAUUUUUCUGGCUGACAGUUGAGAACACCAGAAUUCAUUGAUGAUUUUACAAUUCUCGUAUCUGAAAAUUAUCUAGUAUUUUUCAAAACGUCGAACUAAAGACAAUUUUUUGACAAAACAAUUGUGGGCUCAUUAUUUUGAAUUAAUUUAUAAUAAUUUCUGUGUAGAAUUUAGAGAAUUGAACAUGUUUUAAAAUUAUAAGAUAACAUUUGUUUAAGUGUUCUAUUGAUAGUUCCAAAAAAAAAAACAAACUCGUGUAUAAAUUUUUCAAUAAUUUGUUUUUUAUGCGGUUAAUUCUGAACAUCUAAUCUUGAAAUUACAAUUACUGAAUUUUGUUUGAAAGUUUGAAUAAAAAUAAUAGUUUUUCCCGAAAUUUUACGGGUAUCCUAUUUUAAACAUUGAAAUAUUCUCUAACAUUGUUCUUUCAGAAACUUUUCAAUUUUCCAAAAUGUUUCAAAAUAAAUUCUUUGCACCUUUCAUUCAAUUUUCUUUUUUCUUGCAUUCUGUUCCAUAGGUCAAUUGUUAUAAUAACCCUUUCCAAAAUAAAAAAUUGCUCAAAAAUGUAGUUUGCAAAUGUUUUCUUCCGGGGAUAAUUCAAAGUAACAACUAACAAAAGUGCAUCAAUUUCAAGACAAACUUUCACACAUUAUUUUAAAGAAAUCCACUUGAGUUAGCUUAACUAUUUACAGAAACAAGAAAUAUUUUCACAUGAACUUUUUUUGGAAAAUAAAAAAAAACAAGAUUAUUUCCAGCGAAACGUGUCUGGAUGAAACUUCGAAAUGUUUUACGAAUAGCAUCGGCUCAUUUGGCUCUUUAUUGUUUUGUGAUUCUCUAUGUGCUCACUGGAGCAUAUAUUUUUAACCACUUGGAAGGAGAUAAUGAAUUGGAUGUUCAUCAUAGACAACGUGAAAAUUCUACAAUAUUCAGACAAACUUUAAUUUCGAAAAUUGCCAGGACAGAAAAUGUAAGAAACAAUUUCAGCCAACAAUUCAAUGAACACAUUUUAGCAUACUCAAAUCGAUGAAUGUUUGCGAGAAUUCCUCCGAAAUUUAUCAAAUCUUCAUGUUCCCAUUGACAAUUAUUUGAAAUUCACUGAAAGUAACAGUGAAGUUCAAAAACGUUGGACAUUUCCAGCAAGUGUAUUAUUUUCAUUCACAAUUUUGACAACUAUAGGUUUGUUAAAAGUCAGGGAAACAUAGAGAAAAAACGAGAGUUUUCAGGCUACGGUAAUGUCACACCAGCGACUGAUGCUGGAAAAGUUUUCACAAUGAUUUACGGAGCUUUUGGAAUUCCAUUGUUUUUGAUUACUAUUGCGGAUUUGGGAAGGUUCUCCAAGACAGGUAUAAUUAAAAAAAAGAUUCUCGAUGCAGAACCUGAAUUUUUUCAUGAAAGUGGAUGAUUUUUUCAAAUUUUUUCAAAUUUUGAAUUUAAUUUAUUUAAAUAAUCUGGGAAUUUCUAUAAAAAUUAUUGAAGUAUCCCAAAAUGUUAACAAUCUUCCAGCCAUAAUGUCUGCUGUGCAAAAAAUGUACAAAAAGGAGAUCAAGAAGCAAGGCGAGCAAAAAUUCUUCCGCGAACUCGGAGAAGUUUUUCUCGUCGCACUUUUAUUCGUUUUAUUCAUCGCUGUUGGUUCAGCAGUAAUACCAUUAUGGGAGAAUCAAUUAACCUAUUUUGAUAGUGUUUAUUUCUCAUAUAUGAGUUUGACAACAAUUGGAUUAGGUGAUAUUGUGCCGCGUAGAAUGGACUUUUUGUUGCCCACAUUAAUUUAUAUUACUAUUGGUUUGUGGUUGACAACGGCACUAGUUGAACAAUUGGCUGAUGUUUUCCGAUUGGUUCAUUAUGCUGGAAGACAAGUUACUAAUGUUAAAGGGGUUCGUAUUGCCAAAAGUUUGUUUUUCUGCAAAAAAGUAGUCAUUUUUUCAGAUUACUGUAUGGCUUGGUGGUCGAAGAUUAUCUGUUGGUGGAUUGAUUAGCACAGUCUGCAGAAGAGUCGGAAUGUCGGAUAAUUUAAUCAGUGAGAUUUUUGUUGGGAAAUAUUUCUGAAAAAAAAAACACUCUUUUCAAUUUCAGACCAAAUCAACUGGGACAAAACCAUUGAUCAAGCUUUGUCUGGAAUUGCUCCUGCUACACUUCCAAUCUUUCCGUGGCAUUUCACAGAUUUUCUUGAACAUGAUCCUCCAUUGAUUGACUUGAGUAUUGAUUUGGAUCAGAUGGAUGUAUGUGUAGGUUUUGCAUGUUUUUUGAAAAAUUUUCCCAUUGGCUGCUUGAAUUGGCUUGGAUUGCAACCUUUUCCUGGUGAUGCUGAAAAAAUGAUGAUGAAGAAAAUGAAGUGUUUGAGCAUGGGUUUGCUAUCGAGUUUUCAUGUGUUAAUGAAUUGAAAACGUUUGGAAGUAUUUGAAAAAUAUCGAAUAAAAAUCCCGAAUUUGGAACGUGUUCAAAUAUCUUUAAUAAUAAAAAAAACAUUUUUUGAAAUUUUUCAAAACUAUAAUUUUGAAAGGAGAUCGUUUCAUUCAGGAUUUUGGGUUUUAAAAAUCUAAAUAAAAACAUCUGAUAAAAAUCUAACUCCAUUGCCUGUUCAGAGUGUUUUCCAGCUUCAUGUAUGAAAUUCUUUUUUCCCAAAACGCUUGAUCUCCCCGAUAUCAAAAAUGAAAUAUUCCAAUUUCUACAAAAACCAAAAUAUUUCAGGGUUCUUUUUACUGCUCAAAACCAUUAUCCGCAAAACGUCGCCGUGAUAGUCAAAUGAGUGCUCCAACAAUUUCCUGGAUGCGUCCACAAGAAGAAGCUCGAAUCUUGGAAUCUGGAAAUUUUGUUAACAUUGAUGCAUCCUAA